GGCGCCGCGUCUUUCCCUUCCGGGUGAGGCAAUGGCGGCGGGUGGCAGCGACCCGAGGACUGCAGAUGUGGAGGAGGACGCCUCGCAGCUCGUCUUCCCCAAAGAAUUCGAAACUGCAGAAACCCUGCUGAAUUCAGAAGUCCACAUGCUUCUGGAGCAUCGGAAGCAACAGAACGAGAGCGCGGAAGAUGAGCAGGAGCUGUCAGAAGUGUUCAUGAAAACUCUGAAUUACACAGCGCGCUUCAGCCGCUUCAAAAACCGCGAAACCAUCGCCAGUGUUCGUAGCUUGCUGCUCCAAAAAAAGCUCCAUAAAUUUGAAUUGGCGUGUUUGGCCAACUUGUGUCCUGAGACUGCUGAGGAAGCCAAAGCUUUGAUUCCUAGCCUGGAGGGCCGAUUUGAAGAUGAGGAAUUACAGCAAAUUCUUGACGACAUUCAGACCAAACGCAGCUUCCAGUACUAAAGGUGACCCUCAACUCCUCCAAAUGAGUGGAAAAAUCUGAGAACUUUGUUUCUCUGCCCUCUGUACCAAUCCAGCUCCUGGGCUGAGCAGUGGAUAAAGGGAGCUCCAGCACUGUCAUACACUCCAGCAUACUGGAGUUUUGCAGUCCUCUCAGGUUUGAUAAAGGACGCCUGCAUUGUGAGGGCACAAGAACUUGAAAAAUCUUUUCUUGGUGGCUCAAAUAUAGGUUUCUUCCAGAUUCUUCUCCCCGAUUUGGGAAUUCCGUACACGUUUCUGCUUUUUAGCAGAAAUGAUGACCUGCUUUGUUUUUGUUUGUUUGUUUUCAAAAAGAGUGGGGACACUUACUCUUGACUCCUGGGCAGAAUCAAGUCCCGCUGUCUUUCAAAUGGUUUCGUCAGCAUGGUGGACUUUCAGAAGCUCAAUUAUUUUGUAUUAUUGCUUAGCUUAAAUUAAAAUAUAUUUCUAAUUAA